UGCACCGUCACACAUUUGUUGACAGUGAGCAACAUCACAUGCUAAGCUACAAGUGGAUGAUAUUAGGUUUUGUUAUCGUAUGAAACAUUUUUAAAACAAGGACUAGAGGCUUUGUGGCUCUCUUGUAUUAUCGGUGAAGUGUUUUACACAUGAAUAGAUCCUCUAAGCUGUCUCGUUUCCUCCGAGCUAACCGCAGUGUUGUCUACUGCGGUUACCGUUCCCCUGGUCCUGGAUUACACAGGCUGUACAUCUAAUUUAACCCUCAAUGCUGAAUACAAGGGCUGUGUUACAGACAUGCACCCACCAUCUCGAAAGGACUAUAUAUCUAUAAGCCUUGCUGGACAAGGAACUUACAAUAACGGAAAGCAGUGGAGGAGACAGUCCUGCUGGAGGAAAUGGAAACAGCUCUCCAGAUUGCAACGGAGCCUUAUCCUCCUCUUCCUGUUCAUGUGUGGAAUUGCUUCCUAUCCUGCUGUUGCUGAACACCUUAGAGGCCUUACAGAUGGAGAGCGCUCCACAGAGAGUAACAGCGUCCUGAGGCCCGUCUUCCCUCAAGUGCUGCCUGAGCCUGUCAAACCACUGCCAGAACAAAGCUCCCAGAAGAAAUUAUCCAACAAGAGAGGGCCGCCCAUCCUUCAGAAUCGUCUUCAGAAGAAGGGCAACGGUACAGUCACAGUGGAGGAAAAGAAAGAAAAAGGGGAGGAAGAGGGGGUCAUCAGCUGGCGAGGUGCAGUGGUUGAUACUGAUAAGGACACAGGAGAAGCCAAGGAUGGGGAAAGUAAGGAUCAUUUACUUGCCAACCAUACAUCUGGACCUUCAAACCAGUCAGAAGCUAGCUUGUUGGAGGCUGUGAAGGACGCUUUCAGACAUGCAUGGCAGGGUUAUAAAGACUUUGCUUGGGGCCACGAUGAGCUUCGGCCCCUCUCCAAGUCCUACAGCGAGUGGUUCGGUUUGGGUUUGACGCUUAUCGAUGCCCUGGACACCAUGUGGAUCCUUGGCCUUAAAGAAGAGUUUGAAGAAGCAAGGACGUGGGUGGCCACAGAGCUCACAUUCAACAAGAAUGUAGAUGUCAACCUGUUUGAAAGCACCAUCCGAAUCCUGGGAGGCCUCCUGAGUACCUACCAUCUGACGGGGGACACCAUGUUCCUGGACAAAGCUAAAGACAUCGGCUCCAGGCUGAUGCCAGCCUUUAACACCCCGUCAAAGAUCCCCUACUCUGAUGUCAAUAUCGGAAAAGGCACAGCCCACCCUCCCCGCUGGACCUCAGACAGCACUGUGGCCGAGGUCACCAGCAUCCAGCUGGAGUUUAGAGAGCUCAGCCGCCUCACCCAGGACCCCCAGUACCAGGAUGCAGUGGCUGAGGUUAUGAAACAAGUCCACAAGCUGGACGGAAAGCUGGAUGGUCUCGUGCCCAUGUUCAUCAACACGAACAACGGACAGUUCACCCAUCAAGGCAUCUUCACACUGGGGGCCAGAGCAGACAGCUACUAUGAAUACCUGCUGAAGCAGUGGAUCCAGGGGGGCAAGAAGGAGGACCAGCUCUUGGAGGACUACGUGCAGGCAAUAGAGGGUGUGAAGAAGAAUCUGUUGCAGAAAUCUUCCCCUAAUGGCCUCACCUUUGUUGGAGAACUUUCACAUGGACAGUUCAGCCCGAAGAUGGACCAUCUGGUGUGUUUCCUGCCGGGCACGCUGGCUCUGGGGGCCCACCACGGCCUCCCUGCUGAUCACAUGGAUCUGGCCAAACAGCUGAUGGAGACCUGCUACCAGAUGUACAUCCAGAUGGAGACGGGCCUCAGUCCAGAGAUCGUCCACUUCAACAUGCAUGAGGGCAGCAUCCGAGACAUCGACGUAAAGCUUGCAGAUAGGCACAACCUCCUGCGGCCGGAGACCGUGGAGAGCCUCUUCUACCUGUACAGGUUCACCAAAGACCACAAGUACCAGGACUGGGGCUGGAACAUUCUGCAGAACUUUAACAAGUACACCAAGGUUUCCUCCGGGGGCUACACCUCCAUCAACAACGUCCGUGACCCGGACUACACCAGCCCUCGAGACAAGAUGGAGAGCUUCUUCCUGGGAGAGACCCUGAAGUAUCUGUACCUGCUUUUCUCAGACGAUCCCAGCCUCAUCAGUCUGGACGAGUAUGUGUUCAACACUGAAGCUCACCCCCUGCCUAUAUGGCCCUCCACAGCCUGACACAAACAUACCCAGGAAUUGAAAUGGCCGAUAGAACUGCAUGUAGAAACUGAACACAUCUCAGGGUUGGUCGAACACCAAGAUAACUCCUGUCUUCUAUCUCUGUGACUGAAUGUUGUCUGAAUGACAAGCACACACCAGAGGGAGCGUCUCCGUCACUGAUUCCAUCAAUGGUUUCCUCUCCGUGUGAAGAGGAGCCGGGGUCAACUUGUAGACUGGUUUAUUUUGUGUCAUGGACUCUGGUAGUGAGUGUAUGCUGAUGAAGCAGAGGAAGGUUUCCGUCCUCUACCAUCUGCGUUAAAGAGAAACCUGAUUGUGACUUGAACACAUGAAGGUGUUGGAUGGCUGAUACUGAAAUUUCCAGUUUGAAGCUGUUCAUUGCUUACAGCUGUGCACAUAAAUUCGAACACAAAUUUCCAUUUUAUGUCGGGGAAAAAAACAUGUUGUAUUUCUCCCCUGCAUUGUAUCCAGUAAAAUAGUUUCUUAAGCUCGUAUCUGCCAUGGGGGUGCAACCCGGUGCUGAGGUCAGCAGGCUGGUGCCUUGUAGCAGACGGUUACUGACAGCAGCCAGCAGCUGUCUGACCUGAAGCCUCCUGUGUGUCUGCUCCUGCCCCCCCUCUGUCACAGCUCUGUACUGCUGUGACUCCUGCAGGGCUGCAAGACAAAGCUAAUGAGUCCAUCACACUGUGUCAUAUAGUCAUUCUGUCUGGCUAUGACUAUCCUCAGAUGCCCUCGGUGCUCGCUCAUUCCAGUAUUCGCUUUCCCAUGCUGCAUUCAUGUCAUACAGGAGAUGUGACUUUACUGCAUAAAAGUACCAUCCUAGAUCAGUGCGACUCGAGGAGUAGCAUUCAGUUUAGUUGGUGGAGGACACUGACUUCAAGUCUGCAGGGUCAGGGGAUAUCAAGAUAAUAUUUCUCCGUUUGUCAGAGAUGAUCUUAUGUCAAACUUCAGUAAAAGCACACAAUACUGUAACACACUUACAUGCCUCAACGCCCAAGCAACGCUUUUUUGUUUUGUUUUGCAACCUGGCAACCCAGCAGUUUUCCCAAUGCCCGACAUGAUUGGUGGACCCUGACCGGCAGGCCAGGCAGAGCUACUGUUCAUGAAUGCAACAUGGUGGACAUCUGCUCAGCAGAGUCUGGGGCCAUGCAGAUCCUUAAACUCUUACAUUUAACCUUUGAUAAUCAAGGUCGGAAAAUGUCCAGGGUUGUAGGAGAAGGGUGUGUGUGUUGCUGCCCCAUAAAGGAUGGCAAGUUAUUAAUAACUUCUUGCAAUCGUAUAAUUCCCAUUUGGCAUGAAUGUAUCAUUUAUCUGUACUCGGGACUGACUUUGUUAUGAUUUCAGUUGUUGCCAAGCAGCAGAUUUAUUAGUGAAGUGUGAAGCUUGUCUUUUGUGAGGAUAUCAAUGAGUUAUAAGCAUUAAUGUUUUUUUUAUCAUUUUGCUGAGAAGCUGCUCUUUUCACUGAUUGUUCCAUUUCUCUCUCCUUCUGUUUGUCUUGGUAUGGUGUGACAUUCAUCUGUUUCUCUUUGAAGUGAUAGCAAUUCAUUUAAAAUAUAAAUUUAGCGUGCGAUCAUCUUAAUACAGUCAGCUCUUGUGCAUGUUUUGUUUUCAAAGUAGCAACCUCACAGCAGCUGCAUUCAUUCCUGUAAAUACUAAUAGUUGACAUCAUAGCUCUCUUCUGUUAUGACUUUAUUAAGACCAAACUCAUCUUGUAUAUUCUGUGUAUUUUUCCUUGGUGUCGUUUCACAUGUGCCUUCAAAAGACAACUGUUAACUUGCUGAUGUGUAUUUCUAUCCAGUCUAUUAUUAACAUGUGCAUACGUUGCUGGUUAGCCACAGUGUGAAAAUUAUGAAAACUGCAGAAUGCAAAUAUGACUUUUUUUACGAUGGAAUAAUGAAAUAAGGAUUUAUAUUUUUUCAGCAGUCCCUCAAAGCAAUCUUUAGGUUUACAGAAAGCUCAUCUCUAGCAGUGUAAGUAUUGACAUCCUGCCUGAAGAGGCUCUAUGACCCCUCCCUAGAUGUUUUCAGCAUAAUUCCUGAGCCAAAAAUAUGCUGAAAAUAUUAUCAACCUUAGUGUUUGAUAUAAAUGAAAAGCCAUUUCUACAAAGCAGCCUGUUUCAGGUCAAACUAUUUUCAGUGCUUUUGAUAAGGGUCUGUGUGUGUGGGGGGUUUGAAAUCAUUGAUGACUGCGUCACUUCUGUUUGAGACAGACUGCUUUAACUGGAGGCUGCACUCUGCUGUGCCAUGCUGCACACAAACAUUUUUUAUUUGUGUUGGUUUUUAUUGUCACAUGGUGAAUGAUAAACGCUGGAUCGGCUUUAAAUUAGUAAACAUUUUAGAAAUUAAAGAGAUUUUAUUGAACAGAA